AUGACAAAGGUCCCGGAUCUCAAGAUGACUACCGACACCACCCCCCCUCUCGACGUUGAAGCGUUGAUCAAGCAGCUUAGCUGGGACGAAAAGAUUGAGCUGCUCGCCGGCCAGGGCUCCUUCCGGACUACCGGCCUUCCGCACCGUGGCAUUCCCGACCUUGUUACCUCAGACGGGCCUCAUGGAAUUCGUGGCCGUCGAUCAUUUGCUCGGAACCCAAGCCCCAUGUUGCCGUCCGCGACCGGCAUGGGAGCAACAUUCAACGCCGAGUUGCUGCACAAAGUCGGGAACCUCCUCGGCGAAGAAGCGAGGGCGAGAGGGGUGCACGUUCUGCUCGCGCCCACCAUCUGCCUCCAACGUUCGCCGCUGUUCGGUCGAGGAUUUGAAGCCUUCGCCGAGGACCCUUAUCUCAGCGGCAUCCUGGGGGCAGCCUACAUCAACGGCGUCCAAGAAAGAGGAGUCGCGACCAGCGUCAAGCACUACGCGGCGCACGACCAGUCCGAUAACUCCAUCGAAGACAACGUCUGCAUGACGCAGCGGACGUUGCGGGAGGUCCAUCUCAUGCCGUUCCAGCUCGUCAUGCGCGACUCGGACCCCUGGACUUUCAUGACUUCGUACAACAAAAUCAACGGGGUCCACGUCAGCGAGGACCCUUUGCUUCUGAAGCAGGUUCUGCGGGAGGAAUGGGGGUUCAAGGGGCUCGUCAUGAGCGAUUGGUUCGGAACAUACAGCACCUCGGAAGCUCUGAAUGCAGGUCUGGACUUGGAGAUGCCCGGGCCGACGCAGUGGAGGGGUAAGUGUCUGAGUCUGGCGGUCAACAGUCGAAAGGUCUCGCGGGCAGCAAUCGACGAUGCCGUGAGGAAUGUCCUCAACCUUGUCAACAAGGUGACCGACACGAAACCGGCGGGCCACUUCUCUGCUUCGAACACGCCUGAGCAACAGCGCCUGAUUCGCACGCUGGUCUCGGAAAGCAUUGUGCUGCUGAAGAACGACCGCAAAGUGCUCCCCAUCAAGAAGACGGGGGAAACAAGGAUCGGUUUGAUCGGAGACCACAUCAAGAACCCCGCUCUGAGCGGUGGCGGAAGUGCGGAAGUCGAACCGUACUACUCCGUGACGCCGUUCGACGCCAUCGUUGAGGAGGUUGGCAAGGAACACGUCUCGUAUGCUCUCGGAUGCCAUUCUUUCAGGUUCAGCCCGUUGCUGAAGAACCUUGCACCCAAAAGGCCGCAGCAUCAAGGCUUCGGGUGGUCCGUCGAGGUCUUUGGAGAAAACCCGGACGAAAACCCCGGUUCUGAAGUCCUGGCAUCGGCCCAUGCGCAAAAGGAAUUGAUCGAUAUCCCGGAAAGUUUCCACGCCUCGCUGCCGAAGAAGUUCUACGCUCGAGCUCGCGCAACCUACACGCCUUCCACCUCGGGCCCCUUUCGAUUCGGGUUCAGCACUUCGGGGAAAGGAAAGCUGAGGAUCAACGGAGAGGAAGUCGUCGACUUGUGGACCGAUCAGCCGGCCAAGACAGGGCCCACGCCCUGCUUCAACCGGCUUUCCAUGGAGAGGUUCUGCGAAACAACAGUCACCGAAGGGCAACCCAUCGACCUGGAAGUCGUUCAAGUCAACGAGGAUCUUUCUGGAGGCGUCGGUACCGCAUUGACUCUCGCAGGACGUGUCGGUGGUUUCGAGGUCAUCGACGAAGACAUUGCCAUCAAGGAAGCGGCAGAUCUGGCAAAGUCCGUCGACGUCGCAAUUGUUGUUGCUGGCCUUUCCUCCGAUUUCGAAUACGAAGGGGCAGACCGUAAACAUCUCAGGCUUCCCGGCCGCGUUGACGAUCUGAUACAAGCCGUGCUCGAGGCGAACCCGGACGCUGUAAUCGUAACCCAGUCUGGAUGUCCGAUCGAGAUGCCAUGGGAACCCAAGGCGGCCACGCUGGUUCACGCUUGGUUUGGUGGCCAGGAAACAGGCCAUGGUCUCGCUGACGUUCUCUUCGGCAAUGCCAACCCAUCCGGCAGACUCUCACAGACCUUCCCGAGGUCCAUCAAACAUACACCUGCGUACCUGACAUUUUCCAAGUCCGACUACGACAUCGUGUACGGCGAGGGAGUGUUCAUCGGCCAUCGGUAUUACGAGUCGGUCGACAGAGAUCCGCUCUUCUACUUCGGGCAGGGUCUGUCCUACUCGACGUUCGAGUACUCCAACCUCCGGGUACCCGAAACCUUCGAGCCAUCCGCAGAGCACAAGAUGAUCAUCUCGGUCGACGUGACGAACACCGGCCCCUACGACGGCGCCGAGGUCGUCCAAGUCUACAUCCACGACCCGGAGAGCACUCUUUUGCGGCCUGUGCGCGAGCUGAAGGCCUUUGCGAAGACGUUACUCGCCGUCAACCAGAGCAAGACGGUUGAAAUGACCCUUGACAAGUAUUCUCUCUCGUACUGGUCCCAGGAGAACUCCAAAUGGGUUGCGGAGGCCGGGGAGUACUUCGUCAUUGUGGCUUCAAGCUCCCGGCCAGGGGAUGAGAUCUCACGCGCUCGCUUCAACCUCCCGGAGACAUUCUUCUGGGAAGGCGUUUGA